AUGGGUGGUAUGUCCAUGGGGACAGACAUGUUCCAGGACGUAAACAUGGCUUUGGCCCGCGACUUUUGGUAUAUCAUUGCCGGUGUCAUGAGCCUUUUUGCUGCCUGUCGCGCUGUCCACUUCUACAAGUCGGAAAGACGGUUACGAAGAUGCGCCGCGAACUCGGUCGAGUGUCCGACGAAACCCAGCAACCCAUUUCUAGCGACUUGGGCCACUCUGACGGCAGUUGUUCGCGAGGCCAGCUACCCGCAGCUAUACAUCCCAGUGAGAGGCCUUUCAUGGCUGACUCCUCCAUCCUUGGGGCGUGUUUUGGGACUCCUUAUCUACUGGGCUGUUAUCAUAUACAUGAUGACGGCUGGCGCCAUUGUCAAGGAUGCCUUCUUCUGGGAGAGGAUCGGGUUCCGUAAUGCAUGGGUUACCGUUAUGCAGGUGCCGCUUUUAUACCUGCUUGCUUCCAAGUGCAGCAUAUUGGGAUUCAUCGCAGGCACCAGCCACGAGCGCCUCAACUGGCUUCAUCGAUGGGUCGCGCGCACCAUGUUCGUCACUGCAACCGUCCACGGCUGGCACUUUUAUACCGAAUGGGUCCUUGCCGACUUUGUGGAAUAUGAGAUGAAAAUGAUGCCCAUGGUCAAAUACGGACUCGGCGCUUGGGGCGUUCUACUAUGGUCCUUGAUCUCGUCCCUGGUCCCAAUCCGUCGUCUGUCCUAUGAGUUUUUCCUGCUUCAGCACAUCAUCAGCGCCGCUCUGUUCCUUUGGCUCCUCUAUGUCCACGUUCCCGUGUACGCCCAGUACAAUAUCUGGUUUGCCAUCGCUGCCCUUUCCUUCGACCGCGUGUGCCGGAUCGUCUUGCUUGUGUGGCAGAACAUCAAGUUCUUCCCAAAUAAGGCGAAUUGUAAGGGGGGUCAACGAAUUGGGCACCAUGCUCAGGUUAGAGCAGUUGGAGAGUCGAUCACGGUCGUGACCAUCAAGGACGUCCACUUCAAAUGGCGAGCGGGUCAGCAUCUCUACCUUUGGAUGCCCAGAGUGGGGCUGGCAGAAGCACACCCGUACACAAUUGCUUGCGCGCAUCAGUUGCCGGAAACAUGCAUCUGCAAUAGCAUUCAGCUCGUGGUGCGCAAGCAUGGGGGAUUUUCCCGUCGGCUUCACACGUUUGCUGCCAAGGCACAGGCGGCGGGAAGGAAGGAAAGCUUGACAGCUUUUGUUUCGGGACCAUAUGGCGUCCCCCCGCGGUGGGAUAUUUACGAGGCCAUAAUCCUCAUCUCCGCCUCGACGGGCGCAUCCUUCACGCUCCCGAUUCUGGAAAGUGUGCUGCACACAAAACAGACAAACUGCACCAAGCGCAUUGACUUCCUCCUUACGGCAAAGCAAGGAGAGGAAAUCGAUUUCUACGUCACUCGCCUUCACGAGCUCAUUGAUCGCGCUAAAGAUAUUGGUAUCGAACUUCGCGUGCACGUUGCAGUCACUCGCAGCGUGUCUCCCUUCAUCGUCAAACCAAACGCUACGAGCGCCACGGCAGCUGACCGCCCGUCGGCUUCCUCGUCGGGUAGCAACUUUGGCAAGGAAAUGAACGAGAAGACGACAGGAGACUCGUCUGUUGAUAUAGAGAAUUCGGCCACAUCGAGUCCCCGGAGAAGACUGAGCACCGCUAGUGCCGAUUCUCAUGUCCACCACACGUCUGCAAGAGCCGACGUAGAGGCGUUCAUCCGCGGGCCUGUUGAGGCGGCAGGGGGAGAGACCAGCGUUGUGGUCUGUGGCGGCCCGUCACUGGUCUCGAGGGUCAGGAAUUUCGUUGCUAGCUUGUCUGACGAGAGAGCAGUGCACAAGGGAACUGGUGCACAGGGCAUCCAAUUGCAUGUCGAAGAAUAUUCUUUCUGA